GCGGAGGAGACACAGAAAAUUCUCCAUCGUCGGCCACCAGAGGGAGAGGACGAGCGUCGAGCGCGCCCCCAUGGCCAAAACCCACGAAGAGGGAGCGGGAGCGGAAGCGGAAGAGGUGAACGAGCACCCGAUCGAGGAGGUCCGGAACACGGUGCCCACCACCGACGACCCGUCGGAGCCGUGUCUGACGUUCCGGACAUGGGUGCUGGGGAUGUCCUCCUGCGUGCUGCUCUCCUUCGUCAACGAGUUCUUCAACUACCGGUCGUCCCAGCUGAGCAUCGGCACGGUGCUGGUGCAGAUCGCGUCGCUGCCCAUCGGCCGCCUCAUGGCGUCCACGCUGCCGGGGCGUCCCGUCCGCGUGCCUCUCAUCGCCUGGUCCUUCUCCCUCAACCCGGGCCCCUUCAGCCUCAAGGAGCACUGCCUCAUCACUAUCUUCGCCGGCGCCGGCUGCUCCGGCGUCUACGCCCUCAACAUCGUCGCCAUCGUCAAGGUGUUCUACCGGCGGCAGAUCAACCCGUACGCCGCCAUGCUGCUGGCGCAGACCACCCAGCUGCUUGGGUACGGGUGGGCUGGCCUCUUCAGGAAGUUCCUCGUCGAUUCCGCCUACAUGUGGUGGCCCAUCAACCUUGUCCAGGUCACGCUCUUGAGGGACUCGGUGACGGCGCAGCAGAUCGGGUCGGGCCUGCGGGGCCUCGGCAUCGGCUCCUUCGGCCUGGACUGGAACACGGUGGCCGGCUUCCUCGGCAACCCGCUGGUGUCGCCGGCGUUCACCGUCGUCAACGUCAUGGCCGGGUUCGCGCUCACCACCUACGUCGCGCUGCCGCUGCUCUACUGGACGGACACCUACAACGCCAGGCGCUUCCCGCUCAUCUCGCCGCACGUCUACGACGACGCCGGAAGGCCCUACGACACUGGCCGCGUCCUCAACCGCGACACCUUCACGCUCAACCUCGUCGGCUACGACGCCUACAGCCGCAUCAACGUCAGCGUGCUCUUCGCUGUCAACUACGGCAUCGGCUUCGCCAGCCUCAUGUCCACGCUCUCGCACGUCGCGCUCUACCACGGAAGGGAGGUCUGGGACGGCCUCUGCCGGAAGCGGCAGCACCAGAAGACAGAUGUCGACGACGUGCACACGAGGAUCAUGAGGCGGAACUACAAGCCCGUGCCGCAGUGGUGGUUCCACCUCAUGCUCGCCGUCGUGCUCGCGCUCUCGCUCUUCACCUGCGAGGGCUUCGGCCAGCAGCUGCAGCUCCCCUACUGGGGCCUCCUCCUUGCCUGCGCCAUCGCCUUCGCCUUCACCCUCCCCGUCGGUGUCAUCUUCGCCACCACCAACAUGCAGCCGGGGCUCAACAUCGUCACCGAGCUCAUCAUCGGCUACCUCUACCCGGGGAAGCCGCUGGCCAACGUGGUGUUCAAGACGUACGGCUUCAUCAGCAUGGGCCAGGCGCUGGCGUUCCUGGCCGACUUGAAGCUGGGCCACUACAUGAAGAUACCCCCGAGGUCCAUGUUCUUCGCGCAGCUCGCCGGAACGCUCACGGCGUCCACGGUGCACUUCGCCACCGCGUGGUGGCUGCUCACCACGGUCAAGGACAUCUGCGACGUGGGCAGGCUCCCCGCCGGCAGCCCCUGGACGUGCCCCGGCGACGACGUCUUCUACAACGCCUCCAUCAUCUGGGGCGUCGUCGGCCCGCUGCGGAUGUUCGGCAGCCUCGGUAACUACUGGCAGAUGAACUACUUGUUCCUCGUCGGCCUGCUGGCGCCGCUGCCCGUGUGGCUGCUCCAGCGUGCGUACCCGACCAACCGCGUGCUCGCCGGCGUCAACCUGCCGCUCGUCUUCGCUGGCGCCAGCGGGCUGCUCCCCGCGCGCAGCGUGAACUUCAUCAUGUGGGGGCUCCUCGGAUUCAUCUUCAACCACGUCGUGUACCGCCGCUACAAGGCCUGGUGGAUGCGACACAACUACGUGCUCGCCGCCGGACUCGACGCCGGCGUCGCGUUCAUGGGCGUCCUCACCUUCGUCGCGCUGGGUUACUUCGACGUCUACGGGCCGCAGUGGUGGGGCAGCGUCGCCGACGACCGCUGCGACCUGGCCGCUUGUCCGACGGCGCCAGGAGUCGUCGCUAAGGGAUGCCCAGUGGUGGCGGCAGAGUGAUAACAUAACACAAAAGGAUCUGUCGUCGUCGGAUCAGAAUCAGAACCAUGCAUCCGUCUCUGCAUGCAUGUCCAAGUUAAUUAACGAGAAGAUGGAUCUGCUUGUAAAUUAGUUUAGCCCUUGUUUUAUUUAGUAGUACAAAUGUUGUGUGUAUCUCUACUAUAUUAAAUUACCAGUUUCAAC